CACAACCUUCGACCCAGAAGAAAACAAAGACGAAAGUGACGAGAAUUAAAAAUAUCGACAGGAGCGCAGAGAGCUUGACGACAAAAUCGAAUCAGUCCAUCCGCCUUCUUCAGCUCAACUAAGACUUCGGGAACAAAAACAUGGAUUUCUCCCUACCACACGUGCACGAAGACUCUCUGGCAACCCUGUCGAAGAUUCGGCAUAUCGAUUUACCCGCCAAGGAUGAGAGGGGGGGUUCUACUGGCAAUGGGGAACCAUCGUUGGACGAGCUGCUGAUCGAAGAGGCGAACAACGCCGCAGCAAGCUUAUUCCUCGGAAAAUGGAACAACGACAACAAGGAGAACAACAGUGGUGAGGAUGCGAUGGACUGUGGGGACAACAGCAGCAAGAGCAACAACAGUAGCCUCACCGUGAAUGAGCGUCGAAUGCUGAUGAAUUCAGCUUCCUAUCCCGAACGAUCCACCMCCCAAACCGAAAAAAUCACGGAGGAUUCUCUGGUGGUCAUUUUCGAGAGUUUCGACAACCUGAAGUUUUGCUACCCCAAAAAAGGAGCGAUAUUCUCUAACCGCAACGGGCACUUUCACCACGAGGAUUUCAUCGGAAAACCUUUUGGGUGCAAGAUCCGCUCGCGGAACAACCAGGGGUGGGGAUUUGUCUACUUGCUCAAACCGACUCCAGAAUUGUGGAGCCGGUCCCUGAACCACCGGACUCAGAUCAUCCAUUUCCUUGACGCCAGCAUGAUCGUCUUCUAUCUAAAUAUCCGGCCGAACAUGGUGGUUUGCGAGAGUGGAACGGGGUCGGGGGCGCUCAGUCACUGCAUCAUGCGGAGCAUCGCUCCCAGGGGGAUGCUGCACACGUUUGAGUUCAACCAGAAACGCGCCGAGGAUGCCAAAAGGGAGUUCGCCAGCAACGGGGUAGGCCAUUUAUCGAAAGUCCACCACAAGGACGUGUGCGGGAAGCACGGAGCGGGUGGAUUCGACCAACCCCAGUCGUCGGUGGAUGCGGUUGUGCUGGACCUGCCGGAACCCUGGCUGGCAGUUCCCCACGCGGCAUACUGCAUCAAGCGAAACGCAAGGCUGGUCUCGUAUUCGCCGUGCAUCGAACAGGCGCAGAAAACGAUCGAAACACUCAAAAAGAAUGGAUUUCAUUCCAUCAAAACUAUGGAGUUUCGCCUAAAGGAAAACUACGUCGACGAGGUGGAGUACUCGAUGCCGCCCACAGAGAAGCGACAGCGGGUCGAGGACAACCGUGUGUAUCCCAGGGAAGACAAGGAGAUUGCCAGUGGCAUCGCUGCGGACGCUGCUGCCUCAAACCAAAGCGAAAAACCGGUGGUAGAAACGAAGGAAGAAAGCGGAAUUUGUAAGGAUAGUCCAACCGAAGAAAGCACCGAACAAUUGAAGACGGGCGAUGCAACAAAAAUAGGAGAAACGCAACCGGCACCGAAGGGCGCGGAGAAAAAUCCGGAGCCGAGUUCCUCAGAGGCCACGGCCCCGGCAGCAGCUAAACGAAAAGCGCCAAAAACAAAACUAGUUGCGCGGCCCUUUGUCAUCAUGCGAGGCCACACGGCAUUCUUAACCUUCGCAACCUCCGGAAAUGGCCUUCGACCAAAGCCAUAGUUUUCUCAACACGCACUGGAUAAUAAUGAUACUAAUUAUGU